ACUAUGGCUCGCACAAAGCAGACAGCACGCAAGUCCACCGGCGGCAAGGCCCCUCGCAAGCAGCUGGCUACGAAGGCCGCUCGAAAGAGCGCUCCGGCCACAGGCGGCGUGAAGAAGCCCCACCGCUACCGGCCCGGCACCGUAGCGCUGCGCGAGAUCCGGCGCUACCAGAAGUCUACCGAGCUGCUGAUCCGCAAACUGCCCUUCCAGCGGCUGGUGCGCGAGAUCGCGCAGGACUUCAAGACCGACCUGCGUUUCCAGAGUUCCGCUGUGAUGGCGCUGCAGGAAGCUAGCGAAGCCUACCUGGUGGGUCUCUUUGAAGACACCAACCUGUGUGCCAUCCACGCCAAGCGGGUGACUAUCAUGCCUAAAGAUAUCCAGCUUGCGCGCCGCAUCCGUGGCGAACGUGCAGUUCUUCACUCACUUCUCUUGAGUCCUGCAACUUUGGUAAUCUCCAUGGCUCGUACCAAGCAGACCGCUCGUAAGUCUACUGGUGGCAAGGCGCCCCGCAAGCAGCUCGCAACUAAAGCCGCUCGUAAGAGCGCGCCUGCCACUGGCGGUGUGAAAAAGCCCCACCGCUACCGACCUGGUACCGUGGCGCUGCGUGAGAUCCGGCGUUACCAGAAAUCGACGGAGCUGCUGAUCCGCAAACUGCCCUUCCAGCGGCUGGUGCGCGAGAUCGCGCAGGACUUCAAGACCGACCUGCGCUUCCAGAGUUCGGCUGUGAUGGCACUGCAGGAGGCUUGCGAGUCCUACCUGGUGGGUCUCUUUGAGGACACUAAUCUGUGCGCUAUCCAUGCCAAGCGGGUGACCAUCAUGCCUAAAGACAUCCAGCUUGCGCGUCGCAUCCGUGGAGAGAGAGCUUAA